AUGGCAAUGAAAAAUAAUAAAACACUAUGCAUUAUAUGUAACAAAGAUAAAAUAACAUAUCUUUGUGAAGGAUGUUCGAGAAACUUUUGUUUAAUGGAUUUAACAAAACAUCGUCAAGUAUUAAAUGAAGAACUAAAACAUAUUAUUAAUGAUUAUAAUCAAUUUAAACACAGAUUUACUGAUCAAAAACCGACUUCACAUGAUCUUUCUUUAAUAGAUCAAAUUAAUGAAUGGGAAAUAAAUUCAAUUAAUAAAAUUAAACAAAGAGCAAGAAAUUGUAGAGAAAUUGUCACAGAAUCAUUACAAACAUGCAUUAAUGAUAUUGAAAUGAAAUUUAGUGAUUUAAAUGAACAAAUAAAACAAAUUCAAAAUGAAAAUGAAUUUAAUGAAAUUAAUUUGAAUUAUUUAAGAAAUGAAUUUAAAAAAAUUAGAGAAGAAUUAGAUAAUCCAUCAAAUAUUUCUAUUCAACAAGAUUCUCAACCAUUUAUUAAUGAAAUUUCAGUUAUUUCAUUGGAAAAUAAACCAAAAUUCAAGAAAUGGAAGCAAAAUGCCGUCACUAUGGCUGGUGGAAAAGGACAAGGACAAAAAUUAAAUCAACUCCAUAGCCCUCGCGCAAUCUUCAUUGAUAAAAAGAAAAACGUUUUCAUUGCUGAUAAUGAUAAUAAUCGCAUUGUUGAAUGGAAAUGUAAUGCCGAGGAAGGACAAAUCAUUGCAGAUAGAAAUGAACAAGGAAAUGGAAUGAAACAUCCAACAGAUGUGAUUGUUAAUCAACAAACUCACUGGAUCAUCAUUGCUGAUCGUGGACACAGGCGAGUGUCUCAAUGGUUGAAUCAAAAGCAACAAAUUCUAAUUAAGAAUAUUUACUGUUUUGGCUUGGCAAUGGACAAACAUGGAUUUCUUUAUGUUUCUGAUUACACGAAGAAUGAAGUGAGACGAUGGAAAAUGGGAGACUACAACAAUGAAGGCAUUGUAGUGGCAGGUGGAAAUGGAAAAGGAAAUGAGCUCAAUCAACUCAAUCAUCCUACUUUUAUAUUUGUUGAUGAAGAACAAUCUGUUUAUGUAUCAGAUUGGGACAAUCAUCGUGUGAUGAAAUGGAGAAUAGAUGCAACAGAAGGAAGAAUUGUGGCUGGAGGAAAUGGUCAUGGAAGAAAACUAAAUCAACUGAAUCAUCCUCAAGGAGUCAUUGUUGAUCAUUUGGGUCACAUCUAUGUGGCAGAUUUUGGGAAUCAUCGAGUAAUGCGUUGGUAUGAAGGAAAAGAAGAAGGUGAAGUUGUUGUUGGUGGAAAUGGUGAAGGAAAUAAACCAAAUCAAUUGGAUUGUCCUUACGGCUUAUCUUUUGAUGAUGAAGGAAAUCUGAAUCUACGUCUACUCACACUGACACUUGCACCCUUUUCAUCAUUACCCAAAACUUCUUUUACUUCUAAUUUAAUUUUAUCACCUAAACCUUCAUCAUCAAUAUCAUCAAAACUUCAAGCUGAUUUUGAUUCAUUAACAAUACGUUCUUUAACUAGAACAGAAAACGCAACAUGUUUAUCUCCUCUAUCAGCAAAAAUUCAAUCAAUUUUAUUUACAGCUGGAAAAUUUGCUUCGAUAACAACUGAUGAAUCAUCUUGUUUAUCAUCAAUAAACUAA